GUUUUGCAAUUUACAAACAGAUUAUGUGUUAUGAGGUGGCUGGCGAAAUCAGCAUAGUUACUCUUGUCCUUGCUACAAUCGUUGCAAUCCUGGGCUAUGUCGGCGCCUUCUACCAACUGCAGCAAACCCACAAACGAGAUGCGCAGCCGCACAAAGCGCCGGAUCUUCCGCCACUCCCAACUAUAAGGCUAACAAGCACGCAGCUAAUGGGGUUCGAUGGGAGGCGGUCCGAUGGUCGCAUUUUGGUGGCUCUGAAGGGCAAAAUUUAUGAUGUAUCCUCAGAUAUAUCCGAGUUCGGGUUGGGUGGUACUUUGAAUCAUGUGGCUGGCAGAGACUUUACCCUGUAUCUGAUCAGGAUAAUGGAGUUGCAUGGAAAGCAGGUCGACUAUAUAGUACGCUGGGAGCAAAUACUGGGGACGAACUAUGCCAUGGUGGGAUAUCUGGUCGAUGAAGAAGGAAAUCCAAAAGAAAGCAACUGCGCCGUACACAACAAGCAUGAAGAGCAUGAGGAUAUGGCCAUAAACCGAAUAGAUAAAACAACAGAAACACCUCAAAAAUCAGUGGUUGAAGAUGUGUAAGUGGACAUUAUUAAUAUGCUAAGUAAAUGAGAACCGCUACAAGACGAGUCGAUCC